GAUAAUGUUUUGGUGACGUCAUGUGUAGCUGGAAGGGAAGACAGCCAGUGGGUGGACUGGGCUGUGGUCCUGCUUUCUGCUUCUUGCAUCGCAAACAACGCUAAUACGAUUAUUUAAACCUAUUAUAGGGAUACAAAAACAUCACAGAAUGAGUUAGAGGCCGCAUUUCGUGUGUGCCAGUGCACUGAAACAUGGGUCCUUGCAGUGUCCACAUCCUUCUGCUGCUCUUCCUGCAGGCCCUGCAGACAGCAGCCGAGGGCUCAGAUGGACAGUUGGUGUGUCUGUGUGAUAGCCCGAAAUGCCUCCAAGCUACCCAGUGCCAUGGUACCCGGUGCUUCUCUUCUGUCAAAGUUGGCAAGGGUGGUAGCGGUGUGGUAUUUGAGCGUGGCUGCCUGGAGGGGUUGGAGAAAAUCAGUUUGCAUUGCUCCACGGCUCCAUCCUUCCACCAUGCCAUUUUCUGCUGCUCCCAGGACAUGUGCAACGGCAACACCACCAGGAGUUCGCUGAUGUCUCUGCUUCCAACAGCUCCAGAAGGUGAGCCAGUUCGAUAUCGUGUGGUGACCGUAGCUCUCUUUGUACUUGGUCCAGUGGUGGUUCUGGCUCUGCUGUCUGUAGUGUCAGUUUUGGCCUGCAGGAGGCUCCAUCACGGCCGUCUGCAGAGGCUGCAGGAAUUUGACACUGAGCAGGGAGCCAUAGACGGCCUCAUCACUUCCAAUGUGGGAGACAGCACUUUAGCGGACCUGUUGGACCACUCGUGUACAUCAGGCAGUGGUUCAGGUCUUCCCUUCCUCGUCCAGAGAACUGUGGCCAGACAGAUCAGCCUGAUGGAGUGUGUAGGCAAAGGAAGGUAUGGAGAGGUGUGGCGGGGCCAGUGGCAGGGGGAGAACAUAGCUGUAAAAAUCUUCUCCUCGAGAGAUGAGAAGUCCUGGUUCAGAGAGACCGAGAUCUACAAUACUGUGCUGCUAAGACAUGAAAACAUACUGGGUUUCAUGGCGUCAGACAUGACUUCUCGCAACUCCAGCACCCAGCUGUGGCUCAUCACCCAUUACCAUGAGAACGGGUCACUUUAUGACUACUUGCAACGAGUUGCUGUGGAGACGUCGGAGGGCUUGGCGAUGGCGGCGUCGAUAGCGUGCGGCCUGGUGCACCUGCACACAGAGAUCUUCGGCACUGAGGGGAAACCGGCCAUCGCACACCGGGAUCUGAAGAGCAAAAACAUCCUGGUCACAAAGGAGCUGCGCUGCUGCAUCGCAGACCUGGGGCUGGCUGUGACCCACUCCCAGGCAGACAACCUGCUGGAUGUUGGCAACAAUCCAAAGGUUGGCACCAAGCGUUACAUGGCACCUGAAGUACUGGACGAGACCAUUCAGACAGACUGCUUUGAUGCAUAUAAGAGGGUGGACAUCUGGGCUUUUGGGUUGGUGCUGUGGGAGAUAGCAAGACGCACAUACAGCAAUGGUAUUGUUGAGGAGUACAAGCCUCCAUUCUACGAUCAAGUGCCAAAUGACCCCAGCUUCGAGGACAUGAGGAAGGUGGUGUGUGUGGAGCAGCAGAGGCCUUUCAUUCCUAAUCGUUGGUUCUCUGAUCCUACUCUCUCUGCUCUGGUGAAACUGAUGAAGGAGUGUUGGUACCAGAACCCCUCUGCAAGGCUGACAGCACUGCGCAUCAAGAAAACCCUGGACAAGAUUCACAGCUCUCUGGAGAAGGGCAAGGAGUCGUGAAGGCUCAGCGGCCACUGCCUGAUGUCAGGGAUCGGCUUAGAGAAGGGCCCAGUGAUUGUGAAACGAGAGGAUAAUAAGGGGACGGACAGAGAGACCAGAGGAAAGAGUUGUUCAAGUCUCAUGCAGCCUCAUCCUUCUCUUGCUCCGUCAUUUUCUCUGGUUGCCUUCCACCGACAUCCCUCUCUUUGACUGGAAGCCCACACAGACGUUCAGACCUGUCCUGUCUGAAUAAGCCAGUCUUUGUUACAGGACACAAACCAGUUGCCAUUGUGCCCGCACUGACCUAAACUGUAGACUGUUACUGAGUGUGAAGUAUGGAUGGCAUAUUGUAGUACUCCAUAACAAUGCUUUAACACCCAUGUAAGACACACACACACACACACACACACACACACACACACACACACACACACAC